CAAUAAUAAUAAACUAAGUGAAACCCUAAUCUUGAGUACUUAUGAUAUGUUAAACCCUACACACAUGCAUAUGAAAGAACUUAAUCAAGAAAUAUAACUACAUAUAAAAUAUACAAUAGAUAAACAUAUGAGUGUGUAUGUGUAUAUAUAUGUAUAGCUUGGAAGAUUGCUAAAAGCAAUUUCUGGUGAAAGGAAGGGUACAAUGACAGAGAGAAUAGGGUGCAGGAGAAUCUAACUCCCAAACUUAGCAAUGCUUAGGUACCUUUCUUAAUUACUUCUCUCUUCUUACACUCUUUCUCUCAUUUCCCACUCAUAUACUAUUUUAUCUUCUUAUUUCUUUUCUUAUUAUCCUUUUAUAUAUAAAUUUCCAUAUUUAAUCACACAUUUUUGCAGUUAACCCCUCCUUGUUCUAUCUCUCAUAGUCGACUCCAUUUGCUCUUUCUCACUCUCAACCACUCCCACUACUCACUCUCGUUUUUUGAGAAAACCCAAAUCAUAAAAACCAAAAGACAUUCAAUAUUCCUUUUCAAUAAUCUUUUCUUGAUUUCCAUUUUCAUCUCAAGUUUUUUAAAAACCCACCAAGUUUUUUUUUUCGCAUGGAUGAGGAGAUCAUAACUAAUCUCUGCUAGCCUCUUCUUAGGUUUUCAGAAAGUUUCGUAAUUAUGGGUUUCGAGAGAACAUCAUCAUCAUUAUCAUUAUUAUCAUCAUCAUUACCAUCAUCAUUACAACCAUCAGAAAACACGAGAGCCAAGUUCAGUCUCUUCUAUUUAUUGCUACUCUUCUUCGUCCUCUGUGUCAUUGCCACCUUCACUAUAACUCCCACUUCGACUUCUUCUCCAUAUAAUAGGAAUUCUAACUCUGGGACACUAGGGAACUUCUAUGCAAAGGAGGAAGGCAAGAGUACCGUAGUGAUAAAGAAGACUAGGAAGAUCGGUGACCGGAGCAAGGAGGCAGAGCUACGGAGGAUUCUAAGGGGAUUGGGCUCAUCUCCACCACGGUGCUCCUCCAAGUGUGGAAGAUGCACUCCGUGCAAGCCUGUUCACGUUCCGGUGCCUCCCGGCACGCCUGUCACCGCCGAAUACUACCCGGAAGCUUGGAGAUGCAAGUGCGGCAACAAGUUGUACAUGCCAUGAUCUUUUAUAAUAUAUAUACUCACAUAUAUACAUUAUAUAUAUGAAUUAUAUGCAUGUUCGUAGUUAUAUCUUGCCUCUACUCCAAAUAUUUAUUAUACAUUGACAUGUUGCUAGGACAACCUCAACGUGAAACUUUUGCUGAUAAAUUGAUUGAUGAUGCUCGUAUAGACGAUAUGACGUUCUUAGCAUAUGAUUUCGUAUAUGGUGACAUAAUUCAUGAAUAAUAUC